AAGUCGCAUGCCAGACAAGGGAUUCAAUCCUGAAAAUGGAACAGAUUUGAGAAUUUUGUUCCAACAAUUUAAGGUGGGUACUGCGACUCUGGGAAAUCCAGAGAUCCCACGGUAGAGUAAAACUUAAAAUUAUGUGCUAAAACCGAGCUCCCAGGAACGUUAAAGAGCACGAGACCUGCUACCAUAUAAAUCAUAUCAUCAUAUGUGAAGGGUGGGAGACUCAGAAAGGAGUUCGGUCGCUCUGGUUUCCUCGUUCAAUCGCUUGACUGGUCUCGCUCGUUCCUGAAACACCGAGAGGGAAUAUGUGAAUGGCCCCUGGCCUUCUCUACAUUGCAUACAUUCCCAUCAAAUAUCGUUGCAGUCUUGAACUCUUGAAGGCUUGAAGCUGGUUCAACUUUCAACUCAUUGAGGAAGCAAUUGAAUGAUGGCCUCCUACAUCGUAACCUCAAUUUCAGCAAUUUAUUUGCAAGGAAGGCCCACAACAAGCAAGUCCCUCCAAAAACUUCCAGUACGAACAUGGAAACUACAGCGGGUUGUUCCAGCGCGGACAAGAAAGAGCCCCUUUAUUGUUUCAAUGGCUACUGGAGAAAAGUCUGAUCCUUCUAGCGAGAGUAUUUUGAAGUCCAUUGCUGCAUCUUGGAAUAGUUCUGAAGAUAGGAUUGCUUUAGCUGGUUUGGGCUUUGCAACUAUAGCAGCAAUCUGGGCAUCCAGCAAUCUGAUUUCGGUUAUUGAUAAUCUUCCUUUCAUCCCAACUGCAUUGGAACUUGUUGGUAUACUAUUUUCGUGGUGGUUCAUAUACCGCUAUCUUCUGUUUAAGCCAGACAGGCAAGAGUUAAUAAGAAUUAUCAAAGGCUCAAUAUCUGAGGUCUUGGGCAAGUAAAAGCGCAUGGAAGUCUUCUAUUUGAAGCUAUCUUGAACCUUCUGUAUAUUUUCUCAUAUAUCCAGCUGCCCCUUUGUCCAUAUGAAACCAUUUGUGUUUUGAAACUCUCCUGUAUGCCACUGGUUUGAAACCCUCUCCUCUACUCUUGUCUAUCUCUCACUCACGCAAACGGACCUCCAUGUUGAGUCUUGCUAAUUGGUAUGACAAUGGCUAGAUGGUGCUGGUUUUAAAUGUCAAAUUUAGCUUUAGUUUUAUGAACAAAGGUACCUUCGAUGGUACACUCCAGGAUGAUUAUCAUGUGUUGUUUGUGAAUUAAUGAUCCUUUGAUGAAGAAAAAAUUAAUGGAUUAAAGAAUAAUUAGAAUUA